AUGAAGGGGCCGACGCUGGCAGUUGUUGCUGCUGCUCCCCUCGAAGCAAAAGAAGGGCAUGUACAGCAAAACCCGCACACAGACCACCUGCUGCUGCAGCAGCAGCAGCAGGAGCAGCAGCAGCAGCAGCAGCACGAGCAAGCCACUGAACAUGAGGAGGGUGAAGCCCAGGUUGAGAAGCGGCACCAGGAUGAGCAGCAGCAGCAGCAGCAGCAGCAGCAGCAAUUUGAUAGUUGCCGGGGAUCUAAGACAAUUUUCUCUCUGAAGAAGCCGACUCUCCUCCCGAAGUCUCUACAUUACCGGCCCCAGACACAAACGUUUGGGGCGGAGAUUGCGCAUGCAUUGGCGCUGUGGUAUCGGCAGCGAGUGUCUUCUGAGGGCGUCGUACCCACUCAGACGCAAAUAGAAGUGCAUGCAGCAAAGCUUGCAGCAGAGACUUCAGCUGGAGGGCGUUCAGCAGCAGCAGCACCAGCAGCAGCAGGAGCAGCAGCAGCACCAGCAGCAGCAAAUGAUGCUUCUACUGGUGCUGCAGCUCGGCCUGCUGAUAGCGGGGAGACAGCGGAGGAGAGAGACACGAAGGGGAGCGCUGAAGUUGCAGAUGCCCCUGCGACGCUCUCUUCUGCUGUUGUUGCUGCUGCUGCAGCUGCUGCUGCUGCCACUGCCAGCUCAGCAGCAACAGCAGCAGCAGCAGCCACGCCAAUAUUGAAGGCAGCAGCCCCUAAUUUGAAUGUUUGCGGGGCAGGCCUUGAGUUGGGGCCGUCUUUGCUGAAGAGAGGAGGAGAGCAGCAGCAGCAGCAGAAGCUAAAAGCCAGAGACAGCUUGCUGCAGCAAUGCCAGAAAGCAGCUGCUGCUGCAUCUGCUGCUGCAGGUGCUGCUGCAGCAAAUGCUCCUGAUCCCCCAGUAUCAGGCUCUGCCGGCGCUGCAGCGGUUGUGCCGCAGUCAGAGGCUGCUGCUGCAGGUGCUGCUGCAGCUGCUGCUGCGGCUGCUGCGGAUGCCGCAGCAGCAGAAGACACCCCAUCCACUGCACCUGCGGAGCCCGAAAGUGCUGCUGCUGCUUCCUCGCAGGAGUUGCUGCCGCUGCUGCCUUCGGGAGAGAGCUCAGAAGGACAGUCGCAGCAGCAGCAGCAGGAUGAGCAGCAGAAGCAGCAGCAGCAGCAGCAAGCUGCGCAUUCAGCAACAGCAGCAAAAGCUGCGCCUCCCGCAGCAGCAGCUGCAGCCGCACCUUCGUUGUAUGGCAAUCAGAUUGAGCAGCAGGAAGAGGAGUCAUCAUCACAGCAAGAACAACAACCAGAGGCGGAGCAGGAGCAGGAGCAGCAGCAGCAGCAGCAGCGGCGGGUGCUGCUGCGGCGCAGCAACAGGCCGCCCCGUAGACCGUCCCCAGCAGCAGUUGCUGUUCAGGGCCCCAACAGCCCCCGCAUUCACACGGGGAAUAACAAUGCUUCAUACCAUGCAGACAAACAGGAGUGGCGAGCUCGAUUCUAUGUGGGGCCCAAACGCUGCAUGCGGACCUUCAGCGCUAAACUCUACGGCUUUGAAAAAGCAAGAGAAAGAGCGCAUGCAUUCAUCAGAUACAUUCAACUGCAUGGGCGGCUGCCGACUGCAUGGGGCCGUCGCGGGGAGGGUGGUGAGGCGGAGCAGCUGCAGCAGCAGCAGCAGCAGCAGGUGCAGCAGCAGCAGCAGCAGGGGUCGGCACUCGGUAGCAGCAGCAGCAGCCAAAAAGGCCAGCAGCAACUGCUGCGCGAAGCAGCAGCACCGGAGCAGCAUCGCUCAGGAAAGAGGCGCUGCACUGAUGCUGCUGCUUCGGCCGCUGCGGCUGCCGCUGCUGCUGCUGCUGCUGCUGCUGGGGGUCGCGGCAAAGAUCAGCAGAUGACAUCCAGGGCCCAGCGCCAGCAGCAGCAGCUGCUGCUGCAGCAGCUACAGAUGCAACAAAUCCCGCUGCAGCAGCAACAGCUAUUGCUGCAGCAACACCAACAGCAGCUGCUGUUGCUUGUUUCGCAGCAGAAGGCCUCGACGCUGCAGGACUCCUCACUGGACUGGGCGGACUGCGAGGCAGGGGCAUCGAGCGAUGGCAGCGGGUUGUCGCCGCUGCAACAGCAGCAGCUGAGCAGCAGCGGCAGCGACAGCUGCUGCCUCAGCGACAGCAACAGCGGCAGCAAAACACGCAAAAGUAAAGGGGCCCUAGAGAGCCGCUGGAGCAGCAGCAGCAAAGGGAUGGCUUCUGUCGUUGCAGAGCGCAAGGUCUCCCCUGUGCACAGCAGCAGCAGUAGCAGCAGCAACAGCAGCAGCAGCAGCAGCAGCAGCGAGGUGACCGUGCUGGAGCAGUUUCUCCGGGAUUGCGCGGUUCAAGCUCUGGGGGCCUUGCGCAGGCGGCGGCAGCAGCAGCAACAACAGCAGCAGCCAGAGCAGCAAGGGGAUGCAGCAGCAGCUGCUGCUGCACCUGCAGCAGCAGUAGCUGCUGCUGCACCAGAAGCAGCAGCAGCUGCUGCUGCUGCUUCAUGUG